CGUUAAAAAAAAAAAACAGUUUUACAAUCAAUUGUUUUUCUUUAAAAAAAAAAAACAAACAAAUCUAAACGUCUAUUAUUAAACUGGUCGAAACUACGCGAAAAACAAACGGCAGGAGGCUGAAUUUCUGGUCAUGUCUUUCCCGUUUCCCUCGCCGCGUUUAUACUUGAUGUGUUUUUGGUGUUUAAAUGCUUUAUUUUUAGUGGAAACGUCGAAAUUAAACGUGCCCAAACUCCUGCUGCCGUACACAACAGCAGCAAAAGUGAAUUUUACACUGGAGGCCGAAGAAGGGUGCUAUAAAUGGCAGUCCUCUCGUGUGGCGGCAGUGCUUGUGGAGCCCGUGUUUGUGAACGGGACCCCCUGCUCUCGGAGUGCUGUGGUCUCUGCCCUCUCCACCCAGCCCAGCAGACUGGCCAGCGGGAUCGUGGCGGAGGAGAUGGUGACGGGUCAGGUGCUGCGCUGCAGUGUCGUGGUGGAUGUGAUCUGCAGCAUCGAGAUCGUCUCCACGACCCGGGAGCUCUACCUGGACGACUCUCCCUUAGAGCUGUCCGUCAGAGCCCUGGACCAGGAGGGGAACACCUUCAGCAGUCUGGCAGGGCUGACUUUCCAGUGGAGUGCAGUGAAGGACCCUGAGACUGAAGCAGCCCCCGACUCCCCUGACAGAGUCAGGUUUGUCUGGUUUACGGAUGCAGAGUACUCCCCUCCCGAGUACAUCCUCAACAUGGAGGCUGAGGGGAAGCAGGGGGAUCUGGUGCUGGUGUCGGGCCUGAGGAGCGGCCCUGCCAGGCUGAGGGUUCAAAUCAACGAGCCCGGCUACAAGAAAGUUUCCGCUGCGACGGUGCGAUUGCUCAUCCUGGAGAACAUCCUGCUCAGCCCCCCCCAGGACCUGUACCUGCUCGUGGGGGCAGACGCCUACUACAGAGUGUGGAGGAGACAGCAGGGCAGAGACACUGAUGUCCGGCUGCCCUCCCCGGAGUUCAGGCUGCAGCUGCAGGGUCAGCUGGUCAGCGAGGCCGGAGACCCCGAGCAGCCCGUGGCCACGAUCGAGCAGGAGAGUGUGAGAGUGACCGCUGUGCAGCCGGGCCAGGCCAGCCUCGUACUGCACUACAGCAAUAUCCACAUGCAGGCCUCCUCUCAACUCCCGAACUGCACCAUCUUCGUAGUGGAGGCCAGCUUUCUCACUCUGAGCGUGCACCCUGGGGAGCACUGGGUGCUGGAGACGGGGCGUCACUAUGAGGUCACAGUGCAGGUCUAUGACAUCACCGGCAACAGAAUCCACAUGUCUGAUAAUAUAAAGAUCGUCCACGAAAUCCCAGUGGAGUACUUCGACAGGCUGCUGUCCACGGAGAAUGGGUCCUGCUUCCACGUGAGGACCCUGCAGCCCGGAGCCACGGCCGUCAGAGCCACGCUGGUGUCUGUCACAGCGCAGAAUGGUUCAGUCCUAUCCCUGAGUCCUCCAAUCAGCCACCUGCAAGAAGUUCACAUCUACAGCCCCAUCGUUAUGAUACCCAAGGUUCUGGCGUUUCCUUGGCAACCAAACAACGGGAUCUACCGGCAUCAAAUCGAGGUGGAGGGCGGCAGUGGUAACUUCACCUGGUCUUCCUCUAACCUGAGCGUUUCCACGGUGACGGUGAAGGGGGCGGUACUGGCGGGCCUUGAGCUGGGGACCAGUGUGAUCCGGGCCCGGGACUCUCAGAACCCAACCCACCACGGAGAGACCACGGUGUAUGUGCUGAGGCCAGGGUUCAUGCAGUUGGCUCCCCAGCAGGCUGACGUGGUGCUGGGGGGGACACUGGACCUGCCCUUCACGGUGCUGGGACUGAGGGAGCCCCCGGGCCAGGAGCCCCUCCCCUUCACAGACUGCUCCCUGCUGCGCCUGCACCUGCACCCGGACAGGAAGGGGGUCUUCACUCUGCUGCACGGCCGUUUGCACCCGGGUCCUGAGUUCUGCAGCGGGUUUCGGUUGGAGGCGGUCAGUCCGGGCCACGUCCUGCUGACCGCCAGCUCUCUACCGGAGCAGGAGCCCUUCAGCGCCAGCGCAACCAUCGCCACCUACGGGCCACUGCAGCCGCUGGUUCUGGAGGCUCUGGUCACCCCAGGUUCUGAUCGGGUUCUGCUGUUCGAAGGUGGGCCCCGGCCCUGGAUCCUGGUGCCGUCUCGAUUCUACACAGAACUGCGUCCAGACUCGGAGCAGGAGGGGGUCCGGAUCGUGCAGCUGGGCCAGCCCGAGGUCCAGAAGAACCAGCACGGCUACCGGGUCACCUGCACCAGCCUGGGGGAAGAGUGGCUGACGUUCCGGAUUGGUAACCUGCCGGGUGUGUUGAACCCGCAUCCCGCUGCGGAGGCCGUGAAGGUGAAGCUGGUGUGCGCCCUGCCCGCCAGCCUGGCCCUCUCUCCCCUGCUCCAGGAGCCCGUCCCCAGCCAGCCCUGCCCAAUCCUGCAGCACCACCGGCAGACCGUUCCUAUCUCCAGCUCCAGGGAGACAGUGCUGGAGCUGGCUGCCUUUGACCAGCACAGGACCAAGUUUGACAACUUCAGCUCCCUGCUGAUCGAGUGGAGCUCGUCCAACCAGACCCUGCUAAGCCUCCCUGCGGAGAGGGGCCUGGAGAUGGAGCUCCGAGCCGACGAGAAGGGGCAGCUCAAGAUGCACGGGCUCCAGGUUUUCGAGCCGCAGCGACGGACAGGGUCCUGCACGGUGACAGCGAGCUUCAUGAGCUACCAGCACGGUGCCAGCGACACCAAGGAGCCUUUCCACAGGGACGUCUCCCUGCCUCCCACCUCCGCCUCCCUGGAGCUGCUCCUGGUCAAGGACGUGCUUCUGCAACAGAAGAGCAUGACCCUGUUCAACCACAGAGACGUGCUGGAGAACCUGACCGUGACGCAGGGCUCGGGUCACUUCCUGGUCAGGGUUGUGGACAGAGAGGUGGUGGAGGUGACCAUGCUGGAAGCAAAGAACAUUGUGCAGGUGUCUCCUCUCAAACCCGGCUCCUCUCUCCUCUAUGUCUAUGACCUGUGCUUGAAGUCCUCCGAGCCUGCAGGGGUCGCCCUGCACGUGUCCGACAUCUCUGACUUCGAGCUGGAGUUCAUCCACAACAUGGAGGUGAAUCAGCCCGCUCCUCUCAAUGUGAGGGUCCUGGAUUCCUCGCGGCUCCCCUUCCACAGCAGAUACUUCGGACUCAUGGAGCUCCGAGUGCACACGGCUUCUUCGAUAGUCACUGUGGAGAAGAUCGCGGAUCGUGACGAGGUCACCGCCAGCUACGUGCUUCAGGCCGUGUCUCUCGGGGAGACCAAGGUGUUCGUGACGGCGAGGGAGAGAUCGGGGCGCAGGCUGAGCUCCGCACACCGGCACACAGAGGUCUUCCCUUCGUUCAGGCUGUUGCCCCGGAGAAUGACUCUGAUCAUUGGAAACAGCAGGCAGGUGAUGUCAGAGGGAGGGCCGCACCCCGGGUCUCACAUCCACUUCUCCGUCGGCAACGAGACGGUCGCCUCGGUGACGGAGGCGGGGCUGGUGACGGGCGUGUCCCUGGGGAGUGUGAGAGUGACGGGGGCGGUGAGGACCGUCCACCAGACCACAGGAGCCACGAUCGAGAUCUCGAAGGAUGAGAUUGAGGUGGAGGUGAGGGAGCUGAGAGCCGUCAGGAUCCACGCGCCAGUCACUCGACUCCGGACCGGAACUGAGAUGCCUGUGUAUGUGAUGGGCAGCAGCAGCCUGCAGACCCCAAUGUCCUUCGCUAAUUCCUGGCAAGGGCUGACUUUCCACUGGACCCAGAGCAAACGGGACGUCCUGGACCUGGUACCCCGGCACUGGCAGACGAAUGUCAAGCUGACUCCCGAGAUGAACUUCGCCAUGCUGGUGCGCACCAGGACAGCGGGCCGGACCACACUGCGCGUGACGGUGCUGCUGCGCAACCACAGCCAGCCAGCGGGGGCGCCAGAGGGGCUGAGCGACGAGAUACAGAUCCUGGUGUUUGAGAAAGCCUCCCUCCCCACCGGCCACUUGGAGCCCAUCCUCAUGUCUCCCAACUCCAACUUUCAACUGGAAACCAGCAGGGACGGUAUGGGUGUGAUCCAGUACAACGUGGAGCCCUGUCUGCAAGGCCCGGCCGUGGUCAGUGUGGACAGUGCGGGGGUGCUGAGGGCUCAUGCAGCCACGGGGUCAGCGAUCCUAGAGGUCACCUGCAUGGAGCACUUUGGGGUCAACCAGACCAUCCUCGUUGGAGUUAAGGUGGCCCCGGUUUCUUACCUGCGGAUCAGCUCCUCUCCGGAGCUCCACUCCACUGACGGGGAGAGUCUGUCGGGAUUCCCGCUGGGAAUGAGCCUCACAUUCCAGGUCCAGUUCUACGACUGCGUGGGAGACAAGUUCCACGCGGAAAACACCGGACUCGGGUUCACCUCGAACAGGGAUGAUCUCCUUCAGUUGGGCUCCGAGUCUCUCUCACACACCUUCACAGCUCAGACCACGAGUCCGGGGGUCACCGUACUGGAGGCCUGGGACCCCAAGCACCCCAACAUGGCGGAUUACAUGGCCGUGCCGGCCCAGAACGCCAUCGCACCCGAGCUGAGCGGCCCGCUGAGCGCCGGGGACCUCGUCUGCUUCAGAACCGCGCUGGUGAACCAGGAGGGUCAGACCGGCUCGUGGCACGUGUCCUCCAGCCACGUCCUCCACAUCGACUCCGCCACGGGGGCGGCUGCAGUGAAGGAUUCUGGGACAGUGGUGGUUUACUACAAGCUGAGCGAGAGCCUGCAGACCUUCAGAGAGGUGACGGUCAGGGCUGCUGACAGUGUUGCACUCACCCCCCCCGCAGACCGUUAUCUCACCAACUCGCCCGGGAGCCCCGAGUACAGAGUGACUGUGACCAUCGGAGCCACUGCCAGCCAUCUCAAAGGCCCCUGCAGCCCUGUCCAGCUGUCUGCUGUCCACUCUGCGCUCAGACCGGAGCUGGACCUAUCCUGCUCCCUCCAGUUCAGCGGCCCGUGUGUGGAGUCCGUCCUGCAGCAGGCAUUCAGAGUGUCCCCUCACUACAGCACGAGCACCGGUCAGUACAGCUGCGUCGUGGCCCUGCGCCCCCAGUCCGACAGCCUCCUCAGGACUCUCUCCACAGCCUCUGCCUCAGUCCUCCUGUCUGCCUCCCUGCGAUGGCUCCCCCAGGGCAGCCCGGCCUCUGCAUCCAUCCCCUUCCAGCCUGCCUUCCACGCCAGCCCGAGCGCCCUGGUGCUGAACAGCACGCACCCCAGCGCCGAGCUCCCUGUGCGGGGCACCCCGGCCCUGCUGCACUCCCUGCAGGUGUGGUCGGACUGUCCUGAUAUCAGGGUGGGUGAUCCCGUUCAGUCCCUGCAGGUUCCAGGUCUCCUGCUCUUCUCUGUGUUCCCCAGCAGUGCCUCUGUGCUCCAGCAGGGGGCAGACUCCACGGCCAGGCUGCACCUGACCAGCGCGGUGACGGGGCAGCACGUCACUAUCGGGGUCACAGUGCGGGGCGACGAGCACACAGAGUCCGGGCCCGACUGGGAUCAGUGCCGGGAUUUCGGGUUGUUCUGGCAGCUCACAGGCUCCUCCCACCUCCUCCUCUUCACUGUGUUUGCCGUGCUCGCCGGGACCGCUGCCGUCUUCAUAGCCUACAACGCCAUAGCGAAUUGUGUGAGGACCAUGCCGGUGGUUUACGUCCCAACAGCGCCCCCACACCUCUCGGGUGAUGGAUUGUAUCAUAGGGUCCCCUAUCCUGAACCCCAAAACCAGAGGCGCCGACAUCGCUGGCUGUGGAGCACCUAGAGAGCGGCCGGGGGGGGAGAGAACGCGCCCCCCCAGCUCGGUGUCUGCGUUUAUGUGAGUUCUCCAAAUCAACGAGGA